AAGAAGGGAGCGGAAGGUGUGCAGCCAUUCACAACACAAGCAGAGCACCGCUCAAGCAGAACGAGAAGGGCUGGACCUCUUGUUUUUGUUUCUCACCAUUUAGGAGAGGGGAUUAAGCAUGCCCAAAGCAGGAGAGAGGACACCCUCUUCCACUUCUGUUGACUCCGCUGCAACAGACAGUGGCAAAGAUGAAUCCGGUUCAGUCUCAGACACACCCAGAAAAUCAUCAAAGAAGUCGAAGAAAACACCUGAUAGCAUGAACAAAGUCUACAUCUCUGUACUCAACAGUGUUUUUGGGGCGGAGAGAGAAUUAGCUCAGGCCGAGUUGGACGAGUUGCACGAGGCCUUUAAAGAGUUUGACUACGAUCAAGAUGGAUACCUGAACUACAAGGAUGUGGCUGAAUGCAUGAGGACAAUGGGAUACAUGCCCACGGAAAUGGAGCUGCUGGAGAUAGUUCAACAGAUCAAGAUGAGAAUGGGCGGGUUGAUGGAUUUUGAAGACUUUACUGAACUGAUGGGACCCAGGAUGAUGGGAGAGACUGCUGACAUGCUGGGGCUCAAAGAGCUCCAGUCGGCCUUUGUGCAGUUUGACCUUGAUGGAGAUGGAAGGAUCACCCAGGAUGAAAUGAAGGAGGCAAUCAAGUCGAUGCUGGGUGAGAAGCUGAAGAAAGGGGAACUAGAAGAGAUCAUAAAGGAGCUGGACAUUAACGCAGAUGGAAGCAUUGAUUUUGAAGAGUUUGUGAUGAUGCUUUCCAUUCACUAGCUGUGGAAAUGACAGCAAAAGGAUACACAACUGCAUCUGAAUCAUUCCAUAGUUAGCAUAAUUACCACGCAACAAUGACAUUUCAACAGUUUUUGUAUUAUGGGUAUAGAUGGAUAAUGUGUGCCUAACUAAAAUCACUUUAUGAAUAGGGCAUUGUUAAGGGGGGAAACACUGUGAAUGCUGUUAUGAAAGUUUUGCAGUAAUAUUGUAUGUAAAUAAGACGUAAGAUCUUUUAAUAUUUUAAUAAAGAAAUCUAAAUCAUG